AUGAAUUUCACAACCUUUGCAUCCCCAUGGAUCGGAAUCCCACACCACACAUCGAUCAUCGGAUCAAUUGUUCAUUUCUUUGGAUCAAGAUCAUUAAGUAGAACAGGUCAACAAUUAUACUUAACCGAUCGAUUCCAUAGCUAUCCUAAAUCGCAAUCUUCAAAUGAUUCGAAAUAUCCGCUCAUCGCUCUCUUGGCUCAUCCUGAUACUAAUUUUUUUAAAGCUUUAGUCAGGUUUAAACAGAUUAGGUUAUAUGCUAAUGCGGUUAAUGAUCGGACUGUGCCUUUUGUGGCCGGUGCAGUUGAGGAACAUGAUGUGUUUCAUUCAGCUCAGAAACUUGGUCAAAGGUUUUUGAAGGAUCAUGCCGAGUUUAAGAAAUGUGAAUUGGAUGGACUUCAACUUUUGGCUUUGGGAGGGUUAGAUAUUCAAUUAGAUCCAGAAUAUUCACCUAUCAUUCAAUCCUGUACUUUCAAUCCAAACGCGAUCCCCUCCCCAACAUUUCUCUCAACACUAACGCCAACCCAAACGAAAUCGAUUUCACAGUACUUACCGAACCUACCCUUUUUCUUCAAACCAUCCACCUACCCCUUCAAAGCACCCUACAACUACAUCAUCGCCAUCAUUUCUCCGGUCUUAGUACCUGUCUUUGUAACCUAUGUUUUAGGUACAUUUUUCUUUCAAUCACAACAAUCUAAGAAACGAAUUAAGAAAUAUAGUGUUGGAGAAUUAGGAGAUGAUGUGAAAAGGUUUAAGAGAGUAGGACUUUUGGAUGAGAUUGAACAUGAGAUGAUUGAAGAGCUUUCGGGGUUAGGGUCGAGUUUGUUGAUUGAUCAUACUCAUCAAACCUCACUGAAUGAAGAGAAUUUAAUCGAAUUGGGGGACGAGAAUCGGAUGACUUCUAGUGGGGUUAGGAUGACAAGACAUCAAGGGUCUUUGGAAGAUAAGAAAGAUCUUGGUACUCGCUUGAAGAUUGUCCCUGCGGUUGAAGGGAAAGGUGUGAGGUCUGAGCAGCUGGCAAAAGAAAGUGGUUUGACUGCUUUACAUUUGGAAAUGAUUGAUCAUCUAAAUCAGAUUCCAGGUGUAGUGAAAUACUUUGCAUUGUUUCAUGAAAUUCGUCAUUCACAUGGUGCUAUUAUUUAUAGAGCCAUGUUGAAUGGAAGUAAUGAUUCAGGAGGUAGAAAUGUGGUAAAACAUUGGGUUGAUCAUUUCUUAUUCUAA